AUGGAGUUUCAUUGCUUCUGUAGUGUGACCAAGCCACCACCGUCUUCUUCUUCCUCCACCAUUCUAAAUUUCCAGGGUAUUUCAUCUGUUGGCCGAAAAUAUUCUGGGAAAACUUCAGAUACGCAGGUGCUGUCUUCUUCAUUUCUUCAACGUAAAGAAAAAUUCCAGCCAUUUGUUUACAAGCAGAGCUCCUCUUAUUCCCUGAGAACAUAUAGGGGAUCCAUUCUCUCAGAAGCUGGAAAACAAGGUUGGGACUUGGGAAGAUUUGUAAAAACAUUAUAUUUCUUUAAUGGGCCUCCCUCUCCUGCGAAGUUCUUUGAAUUUCUGAUUGAGAAACUAUCUGGUUCGUCACCUAGUGAAGCAGUAAAGUCAAUGGAUACAUCUGGGAUCAUAUUGGUGGCUGGAGCAACUGGUGGCGUUGGAAGAAGAGUAGUAGAUCUGUUACGAAAGAAAGGACUCCCAGUUCGAGUAUUGGUCAGGAAUGAAGAGAAAGCCAGAAAAAUGCUAGGUCCAGAUGUUGACUUGGUGAGUUGGGUGCAUUUUCAAACUCUGAUGUUUAUUCAAGAAGUUAUGUUUGUGCAUGUGAGCUCUGCCGGUGUCACUAGACCUGAAAGGCCAGGACUUGAUUUAAGCAAACAGCCUCCUGCUGUCCGGUUGAACAAAGAAUUGGGCUUCAUUCUCACAUUCAAGUUGAAGGGGGAGGAUGUGCUACGUGAAAGUGGAGUCCCAUAUACAAUCAUCAGGCCUUGUGCAUUAACCGAGGAGCCUGCUGGGGCCGAACUCAUCUUUGAUCAAGGAGACAAUAUAACUGGGAAGAUAUCCAGGGAAGAGGUUGCUCGUAUAUGCAUUGCUGCUCUUGAAAGCCCGUAUGCAUGUUACAAGACAUUUGAGGUUAAAAGUGUAAUCCCGUUCAACUCUGAAGGAUGGCAUUACAGGGAAAGAAAGCUUAGAACAAACCCCUGUUCCCAUCUAAAACAACAAAGCACGAUUUCAUUGGAUACAAAAUUCCCAGCUUGUAGUUACUUGAUAAAAUAUUUCAGUAUGUAG